UGUAAACAUUAAUUCAAUAUAGGUAGAUGUAGUUUAUCGUAGUUCGUGAUAUAUUUCGAUAGAUAGAUACAUAGAUUAGAGUAUCGUUGAAUUUCGAAUGCUUAGUGUCUAAAUCAUCCGACCGCGAUUUUAUACAGCCCUGAAGCUUACUUUAAAACCAAAAAACAAAAACUUGCAAACCUGAAGAAAAAAUCCGAAAAUCCAAAAGCUCUUACAACUAUAGAAGAAAACAAAGUCAAUCAGACUCAAGAAUUCUUCUAAUAUUGUUACCAUGGAGGAAAAAGAUCCAAGAGAUUCAAUUGCAUAUGAACCCCACAUAAAAGUUAAAAGAAAAGUGUCCAUUAAUGCACCUAUAUCCGAAUACGAACAGGCGGAGGAAACUAUACCUGAAGAGGCUACUAAUUUGGAAGAAAAAGGUGAAGUACCAGAAACAGAGGACCAAGAAGUUUCUGCAGAACCUGAACAAGCGGAAGCGGUUGAAAAAGAAGACCAUGUCUUUCAAACGGAAGCGGGGGCACAAAGAUCUCCAACACAAAGUUUGCUGUCACAAGCUACUUUUACAACAGUUUCAAAACGAAGCGUUGUAUCACAAGGUACUGCUGAAAUAGGAGUGUCGCCAGACAGAGUUUCAAAACGAAGUGUGGUAUCACAAGGUACUACUGAAAUAGGAGUGUCGCCAGACAAGAUACCAAAACUAAGUUUUCUAUCACAAAGGAGUGCUGACAUAGAAAUGUCGCCAGAAAAAGUUUCAAAACGAAGUGUUGUAUCACAAGGUACUACUGAAAUAGGAGUGUCGCCAGAUAAGAUUCCAAAACUAAGUUUUCUAUCACAAAGGAGUGCCGACAUAGAAGUGUCGCCAGACAAAGGUUCAAAACGAAGUGUUGUAUCACAAGGUACUACUGAAAGAGGAGUUCCAAAACUAAGUAUUCUAUCACAAAGGACUGCUGACAUAGAAAUGUCGCCAGACAAUGUUCCAAAACUAAGUUUUCUAUCACAAAGGACUGUUGACAUACUAUCCCCAGAUAAAGUUUCAAAACGUAGUAUUCCAUCUCAAGAUUCUGCGGCAGACACAUUUCCAAAACGAAGUCUUCUAUCACAGGGUACUGUUGCCUCAGUGGAUGUAGUACCAGAGCCCGAGAAACAACCAGACGACAGCCGAAAAUCCCAACAAACAGAAGUGCAGUCGCACUCUGACAGACACGUAAGUCUUUCUGUAAAAUCUGGAUCGACUAAAGAGGAGGUGUUCACUCUGCUACCUAUUGAAGAGGGAUCACCAGAACCAACCGUGUAUAGUUUGGAAAAGUCAGAGCAAGGGUCUGAGCAAAACAGUACAACAACAUCAAAGGGAACGAAUGAGCUGUCUCUGAAAAGUGUGAGCUUAACUUCUAUGCAAAAAUUCGCGAGUGGUCGAUAUUCAACAGCAAAAUCGCACACUCCGUCUAUCAGUACUGUUGGAACAAAAUCGUUCAGUCCGCCUCUGAGCAUUGGUGCAUCAUCAGGGAAAUCUGGCAGUGUAUCGUUGUUGUCUCAGGGUACUGACAUUAGCAUAAAUCUUUCAGAAGACAUAGCCGUUGCUAAAAGACGUCAUUCUUCGCUAUCGUGGUUCAGUUUUGCCUCAGAUUUAGAGCACAGUGAUAAAGACAAAAAAUCUUUGGGGAUGGCAUCCACCACAGAGGAUACCGAGGGAUCAGUGAGCAUCGCGUCCGGACAACCCGAGAUCGACAGAAACAUGUACUACAACCUGCACGGGGUGCUGACAGGCCGCCACAUGGUAGAAAAACAAAAAAACAACAUUUUGCAACUCAAAUUGGCCCGAUAUUUUUCGCGGCGGAAGAUGUACUACAUUUUUCGCGAGCCAGCCGUCUUCUUCGAGGAAACCAGAGACAGAUACAACAAAGAACUCGACAGGUUUGAAGUCGUGAGCGAGAACAGCUACCGCGAAAAAACCAUGCUGGAGGAAGAAGUGCAGCACAUGAAGGUCAAAUGCAACCAACAAAAAGCACGCCUUGAAGCUCUCAUGGACAAGAUGAUACAAGAGGAGAUGGACUACGUGUCAGGGUUGAAUUUGGAGCAGAUGGGCAAAGCGAAUUUCGACAAGGUUGUGGAGAGGUGGACCAGGAGCCAGAGGAGUCAGAUGGACGUCUUGAUCCAGGUUCGGCUCCUGUUCAUCAAACUGAGGAACGGUGUGCAGGCGAAAAUGAAGGCGCUAGACGAGUUGGACAAUCUAGGGGCUGGGUACCACAUCAUGGACUUCGUGGAGCUCAAACAAGACAACAAGGUGCUGCAGGACCGGCUCGAGGAGAAAGAAGCCGAGAUACUGAAGUUCAGGGAUGGAACCAAAAACACGAUGCAGAUUUUGGCGCACAACCGAGAGAAGUUGGAGCAAACGGACGUGGAUAUCGCGAAAUACCGCGAGAUUUUUGAGACGCUGAAUCAGGAAUAUUUUGAUGCCCGAGAGCAGCUCUCCUACUUGAAGCGCGAGCGCUACGUGCACCGGAACAACACCAAGAGGCUCAAAUGCCACCACGGGCUUCUCGCCUACCCCAAACUCCGCCACGACAUGGGGAAAGCGUCUGCGGAGAUCGACGGCUUGCGAAAUCGCAUCGACAGAUUACAAAAGGAAUGUGAGGAAAGGUCUCAGAAAAUUCGGGCCGUGAGGAAGAACAUGGAGAUCUGCGUAAUGCGGAAAAAGAAGGAGGAACAGAGGAAACUGGAGCUCCGCUUCCAACCGUCGAGCAUGGAUACUUUGGAGGCUUCAGGAAAUAAACCAUUGAUUGAUUAUUCCGGGACGAGCGUGAUCAACGUCAUCAAGCCGGCCGAGUCCAAGGGCGUCAGCAGCAUGAUACUUGUUACGCCCACGCUUAGCACGAUUAGGUACAAAAACGUACAUUCAAAUAUAUAGAAAAUAUAUU